AUGCUUCAUGCAAAGCUGCUUGUGGAUUAUGUACGGCUAACUACAACUUCACUGUUGAGCCACAGAGUGACUGUGCCGAUCUGUCAUCUUCGUGCCCAGAAAACCGCAGAGGAUUGUCAGACUCGAGUAGAUGUGGAUGAAAGAGAACUGCAGGAAGUCAUGCUCGUUCUGCGACAAAACGCGACGACAGGCCUGCACCGUUGUUACAACAACAGCAGCGGCUCCCAGAUCGUCGACACCUCUGUUCCGAGGGGCCUUCUUGCAACAGCGUUCGCACGGUACGUUCAUGUUACAUUCUGA